UUAAACAGUAAACCAUAUCUACCUCCAAAGGCAGGUUCCCGAAAUCUAAAAAUCUGGAAAAAAUAUCUAAACAAAAAAAAAAUAACUUUUUAACCUCUGGAUUAUAUAAUGUGGAUCUCACUUCUCGUUUUUGUGGUCCUCGGGCUGCUUAAUACGUCAUCCUUGAUCUCCAGCCAGGAUGACGGGUUCCACGAGCAUCAGGCGACCUAUCUGCGUCCUGGUGAGCCACACAUCCAGGACGGACAGACGCUGCUCAACAUGCUGUACAUCCACAACCAAGUGCAGGUCUACUGCCAGCGACCCACAUCCCUGAGCUUUUGGAACGUCUUUCAGAGCAACCGCCUGCGUUUGAAGAUAGCCGCUGGCGGGGAUUACAAUCAGUACAAAGGGAGCACAAUUCGGGAAGUCUACCAGGCACAUCGACAGAUGAAUGAAUGCUACGAAGGCAAACCACUGGGAUCUCCAGCGGUGGAGCCUCGGAUCAUUCCACUGCCUUCGCAUUCCUACGCAUGCUAUGGCAUUUACACCAACGAACCGUUCGAGCUCACGCUGGAGGAGAUCGGAUGCGACCUUGAGCGGGUGGCACAGUUCAUCUUUGCCCUCGUAUUGUGGAUGAGUACUCCCCACCUGGCGGAUUCCCUGCUCGGUUUCUACUGCUCCGCAGCGGCAGUGGGUGCUCACCUGGCAGGCGUGGUGGUGGUUGGAGUUACCCUUAUAUCAUCUGACAGCGAGCAAUCCCUAGGAUUGAGAACCCUGAAAGGGAUUUUCAAGCAGGUCCUACAAGAGCGACCCACUAUGAUGACCUUGGCUUUGAUGGGCGGUGCCUGGUUGACCCAAUCCGCCUGCCAGCGUUUAUGUUUUCUAUGGGAGCGUUCGCUUCUGCGUCGAUUGCACCAUCGCUUCUUGAGGACCACAUCCUACUGCCUGAUCCUCACCGCCUCGGAUCACAAGGCCUUUGGAUGUGUCUGUAUUUCACUGCUCAUUCCCUGGCCGGAACUUUACUGGCUGAUUAGCUGGUUGAGGUCCAAAUACGUUCGUUACCAAGAAGAUUCAAGAGAUUAUCGUGAAUUGUUGCACCAGCGAGAACAUUCGUAUCAACCGCAAGUUUUAAACAGAUUUAUAGGCGGUGGCAUUGAUCAUUCAUAUCAUGAACCCUUUUUAUCCGAAGGAAAUGGCAGUUUCAAUACACUCAGCACGCGAUUUUCCCAGAACGAGGAGCAGGAGCCACAGGACGAGGGGAAUGUAAACUCCUUUAAUUGUGAGUGCUGCUCUGCAGCAUCGAACUUGUUAAAUCGACCCUCCACUUGGAACUGCCUGAACAAGCGGCUUCAGUUGAAUCCUAAUAGAAGAAGGGAGACUCGCAUGCGGUCCUCAAGCAGCCAAGUUUCUUGUGUAACCCCCAAGAGUUCGGUGACCACCUUAUACCGUAAUCUCCGUUUCUCAAACUCCGAACGCAGCCUCCGCGAUCAAUAGAAGUACACAGUUGAAAGAGUCCAUUCCAGUACAAGACUAAGGGAUCUAAACAGAGCACAUCAAAAACGAAGGACUGGUAGUCGAGCCAUUGAAUCGAAAUGAGGAGGCAAACGAGAAAUUUCCAUUUGCCAGGAUAAGUUGCCUUUUUCGAAGAGGAGGUGGUCGAUGGGUGGCGACGAUUGAGAGUGGCAGUCAAAGUGUUUCUCUGGCAAGGAAAUGUGUUGGCAAAGGCUGCUAGCAAGCUUCUAAACAGUACAAGAAGGCUCAUAAACGAGAAUCAUGAAUUGACAGCAGACUGAAAGAAACAAGUUGUUCAUGUUUGUAUUUUGCUUACAAAUUUUAAAAUGUUCGAU